AUGGCAGAAUUCGGAUAAAGAGAAGUAAGCUAUUCAUCACAUAGUUUGAUUCAAUAACCCUUUUAGCCAUUUAAAUUUACGACAUUUUUGAGGUAAAAAAUCAGAGAGGAAAAGAUUAAGAAAUUUGGAGUAAACUCACCUUAAGUACCACCUUUGAGAGGCACUUAUCAGCAAGAACUCAAAGAGAUUGGAAAGAGAAAUGUUAACAUCAAGAAGUCUUACGAACUAGAAAAGCAAGGGCUUAGUGUUAACCCUUAUCUAUUUGAAAAGGAAUCUCAAUUAAUGAAGCAUGCUUAAAACUCAAAGCAAGAAACUUUCAACAAUCUUUAUUAGGAGCUUUAUAACAAAGCUAGAAGACUAGAUAAGCCAGCAAAGGUAGCAGAUAUUUACGUCCUCGCUAGGGUCUAUAAAUUCGUGCUUUUUAAAAUAGGAAAAGAAAACGUAGAACCCGAGUUUGAGAAAGACUAUUUUAUGUUCCAAUCAAUGUUCACUUAGAGACUUGAUUAGCAGAAGAUAACAGAUAUAGAAUCUAUUUGUCAUUAACUUUUCUUUCACAGAGACGCCAUUAAUGCUUCAGAGUAAAUUCCAGACAUUUUGGAAAGGCAAGGCUUCAAGUACAACGAUUAGACAUUUGAUGACCUUUUCGUCAGAUCAUUCCAAGAGUGCACUAUAAAUGUCUCCACUGAAUCAAGUGAUGAAGAGGAGGAGAGAGAAGAGAGCAAGAAUUAAGCUAGUUUUAGUGAAAAUGAGACUAAAGGAAAGAAAUCAUUGAUUACAAAGGAUGAUUUCUUAGUAGAGGAGGAAAAAUCUAGCAACCUUAAUAAGACCUAGAUUUCAUCCUCUACUACCAAGGACCGUGAUCUAUUCAACCUUGAUGACGAUUCAAAUAAUCAGUCUUCACUUAACCAUGCAGAAGAGGAAGAAUCUAUUUAAGAGGUAGACCUAGCCUCAAUAGAGCCUAACAAAGUUAACUGGUUCAAGUAUACUCUUGACAGAUAUCUUUAGCUAAAGGACGAGGAUGGAAAUGAAAGUGCUCUCAAUAAUGCAGAUGCAUUCGUCAAUCUCCUAACUAUCCUAUUAGCAAAUAAAACUAACGAGGAAAUUCAAGAAGACCUUCUAAAUCUUGUUGGAUUCCAUAAUUUUGAAUUGCUUGAGAAGCUGAUUGAGAGAAGAGAUAUCAUUAAGGAUCAGUGCAAGAUCAUCAAUGAGAAAUUGUAAAGUGAAAAGUAGUAGGAUAACUACAGACCUAAGAAUAUGACAACGGUUGCUCCAUCAAACAUCAAUGUAGAGAUCAGAUCUAAAAAAGGAGGCAAAAAGAAUAAAGGAAUGGCCCCUAUUAUUUAGGAAAAUAUGAGAUCAACUAAUUAUGAACUACUUAAGAGACUAGGCUUCGACAGAGAUUUCAUCGAUGAGAAUAAGAGACUAGGGCUCUAAGAAUAGCAACUUCAAAAGAGAUAGCUUUAAAAUGCAUACCUAAUGGAGACUCUUGAGAGAAGAAAGGCUGUCGGUUCAAGUCAAGUCUUUGAGAAGCCAGAUAUUAAGAAGGAUUACACUGAGUAUACAGAGGAGAAUGAUGAAUUCAAGUAUAUUCAGAUAGUCCCACCAGCCAAGGUGCCUGAUAAUAAAAAUGAACUAAUUGCCAUUAAAGACCUUCCGGGUUAUGCAUAGAAGGCUUUUGGAUAUACUCAGCAUUUGAAUAGAAUUCAAUCUACUGUUUACUAGAAGGCUUUUAAGUCAUGUACUAAUCUCUUGAUAUCUGCUCCUACUGGUGCUGGUAAGACUAAUAUUGCACUACUUACAAUUCUAAGAGAGGUUUCACAGCACUUAGAAGAAAAUGCACCUCAAAAUCAAUGGGACAUGUCUUUGAAAAGCUUCAAAAUUAUCUAUAUCGCUCCACUUAAAGCAUUAGCUUCUGAAAUUGUUGGAAAAUUCUAAUCAGCUCUAGCUUAUUUGAAAAUACAAGUAAGAGAACUUACUGGAGAUAUGAAUAUGAGCAAGCAAGAGAUAUAGGAAACUCACAUCAUAGUGUCUACUCCAGAAAAGUGGGAUGUGGUGACAAGAAAGUCAGAUGGAAUGAUGGAUAUGGUAAAUGUUAUGAUUAUUGAUGAAAUCCAUUUGCUUAAUGAUAAGAGAGGACUGGUUUUAGAAUGUUUGGUGGCAAGAGCCUUUUUAACCAGCCAUAAAACUCAAAAGCCUAUCAGAAUUGUAGGUUUGUCAGCCACACUGCCUAACUAUGAGGACGUAGCUAGAUUCAUUGGCGCCGAGGGUCAAGGAACUUUCUAUUUCGACUCAAGUUACAGGCCAACUCCUCUUAAAUGCGCAUUUUAUGGUAUUAAAAAUCUUGGUAAUGCAUAAAGAGCAAAUAACAUUAUGAAUACUAUAAUCUAUGAUGAGUUGAAAAGAAUUUUAAGAAUGGGCAAGUAAGUAAUUAUUUUCGUUCAUAAAAGAGCAGAGACGCAUUAAACAGCUAAAGAAAUAAUUGAGAUAAUAGCCAAAAGACCACAUGACAGACAACUAUUCGACUGUGAAAGAUCAUAUACAAUGAAAGCAGAAGUGCAAAGGUCAAAGAAUGACUUAGUCAAAACUUUGUUUGAUAGUGGAUUUAGCAUCCAUAAUGCUGGAUUGCUAAGAAAAGAUAGAAAUUUGGUUGAAAAGCUCUUUAUGGAGGGACACAUCAAAGUACUAGUAUCUACAGCAACACUAGCUUGGGGAGUUAACUUGCCAGCCUAUGCAGUUAUUAUUAAAGGUACUAAAAUGUACGACUCAGCCACAGGUACUUAUUAGAAUGUUGGUGUAUUUGAUGUUUAACAGAUCUUUGGUAGAGCUGGUAGACCCUAAUUCGAUAAAGAGGGAGAAGCUAUCAUUCUCACUCUGAUUAAAGAUAUGGAUGAAUAUGUAAAAAUCAUGUCUAAUAAGCAAAAUAUUGAAAGUAACCUACAUACAGGCCUUGAUAACUGUAUCAAUGCUGAGAUAUCAUGUGGAACGAUCGGAACUUUGACUGAUGGAAUUAGAUGGUUGAAGAAAUCUUACUACUACUAGAGACUUACUAAAAAUCCAACUAUUUAUGGAGUGAAAGCCAUUCAAAUUCAAGAAGAUCCAUCAGCUCACUUCAUUCUUUAUGAAAAAGUGUCUGAGUCUGUUAGAAGAUUGAACAGAAUGCAACUAAUCAGAUAUAACGAGCAAACAGAAUCAGUUUAUCCAACUGACAUGGGUAGAAUCGCUAGCAACUAUUACAUUGAUUGUGAAACUAUGAGUUACUAUAUGGAAAAUCUCAAACCUCAUACAUCAGAAUAAAUCAUGCUCUAUCAUAUGGCUUAAUCUUCUGAGUUCAAGCAACUAGAAGCAAGAAAAGAGGAGCAUGAUGAAUUGAAGAGACUCAUCCAAGACAUUAGAUUCUUUGACAUUGACAAAGCUUGCUUUAAUGAGGCUCACACAAAAGUUCUUAUUCUCUUUGAAGUCUAUCUUAGAGACCUUUAACUUAAGACUUUCAGUUUGAUUUCUGAUAUGGCUUAUAUUGUCUAAAAUGCAGCCAGAUUGCUCAGAGCUAUCUUUGAAAUCGCAAUGAAUAAAAACUAUUCUAAUCUCGCUAAGAUCGGUCUAAGAUGGUGUUAAAUCCUUGAUAAGAGAAUUAGACCAACUGAUCAUCCACUUUAGUAGAUGACUAUGACAUCUUACGUUGGAAAAUUAACUAAUUAAAAUCAAAAGGUAACUAAGUACGGCUACUUAAACCCAGAGGUAGUUUUCAGAGUUAAAAAUGCUGAUCUCUCUAUGGAUCAACUUUGGAAUAAAGAAUAUGAUAUGGUAGGAAGACAUCUAGGACCCUAAGGCAUGGAGGAACUUUAAAAAUUUGUUUCAUAUAUCCCCUACUUAGAUGUUGAAGUUACUGUAAUGCCUAUUACCAGAGCUAUUCUCAAAGUUAAUCUAAAUAUCAUACCAAACUUUGAAUGGAAUGACAGAUGGAAUGGAAAGAGUGAACCUUUCUGGAUUAUAGUUGAUAAUGAUAGUGAAAUUCUUCACUCAGAAUUUUUCGUUCUUCACAAAGCAGAUAUUAAAAAGGUGAGGAAAGGUAACAAAAUGAUUAAAAAUGAAUCAGAGAUUAACCUAACAUUUUUCGUUCCUUAUGAAAUAUCAGAGGGAGAAAAGAAGAUCGCUUUAGGAUCUUAUUACAAUGUUCACAUUCUUUCGGACAGAUGGUAUGACAUCUCAUUCUGGAGGUAAAUCGAACUUUCUGAGAUUCAAGUACCUGAUGAAGACUAUCCCCACACUAAGCUACUUAACCUAAGACCAUUAAGCAUUAAGGCAUUGAAUAAUGAGAAAUUUGAGCAGUUAUAUGAUUCAAAGAACAUUAAAUUCUUCAAUCCAGUGCAGACUCAAGUAUUCCAUACCUUGUUCCACACUGACUCAAAUGUAUUAAUUGGUGCCCCUACCGGUUCUGGAAAAACAAUCAUGUCAGAAUUUUCAAUGCUCAGAGUUUUUAAGAAUGCUCCUACCUCAAAGAUCAUCUAUAUUGCUCCAUUAAAAGCCCUGGCGAAAGAAAGGAUAUAGGAUUGGAAAAAGAGAUUACAAGAAGGUCCACUUAAAAAAGUAGUCUUAGAGCUGACUGGUGAUGUUACACCUGAUUUGAAAGCUCUUAAAAAUGCUGACGUACUAAUCACAACACCUGAAAAGUGGGAUGGUAUUUCUCGUAAUUGGUAGCAUAGAAGCUAUGUCUAAUAAGUAGCUCUUGUCAUUAUUGAUGAAAUCCAUCUACUCGGUCAAGAAAGAGGUCCUGUAAUAGAAGUAAUUGUUAGCAGAAUGAGAUACAUCUCUCAAUAGACAGGAAAUAAUGUUAGAUUUGUUGGUUUGUCCACUGCUCUAGCAAAUGCAAAAGAUGUAGCUGAUUGGCUAGGCAUUCAUAAGCUUGGUCUCUAUAACUUUAAGCCAAGUGUUAGACCAGUGCCAAUUAAAGUAUUCUUCGAAGGUUUUUCUGAGAAACAUUAUUGUCCGAGAAUGGGAACAAUGAAUAAGCCAGCAUUCAAAGCAAUCAUGACACAUUCAAGGGAUCACCCAGUACUUAUUUUCGUAUCAUCAAGAAGAUAAACUAGACUAACAGCACUUGACUUGAUAGCUCUAUGUGCAGCUGAGUAACAGGAAAGAGAAGGAUAUGAAAUUAAUGAAUUCAAAAGACCAUUCUUAAAGAUGGACCCAGAAGAAAUUCAUCAUAUUUCAGAACUGAUUAAAGAUGAAAACUUAAAAUAAACUAUCAAUUAUGGUGUAGGAAUGCAUCAUGCAGGUUUAACAGAAAAUGAUAGAAAAAUAGUCGAAGACUUAUUUGUCAAGAAGAAAAUUUAAGUUCUAGUUACAACCAGUACACUUGCUUGGGGAGUUAAUUUCCCAGCCAGACUAGUCAUUAUCAAAGGAACUGAAUUCUAUGAUCCAAAACUAAGAAGGUAUGUUGAUUUUCCUCUAACUGAUCUUCUUCAAAUGAUUGGUAGAGCUGGUAGACCCUAAUUUGAUGAAACUGGAUAUGCAUGUGUGUUCGUCCAUGAAGAAAAGAAAAACUUCUACAAAAAAUUCCUCUAUGAGCCAUUCCCUGUUGAGUCUUCUCUAUAAAAUCAAAUAAUAGAUCACUUGAAUGCUGAAAUAGCUUCUGGCACUCUCUUGACCAAGCAGAAUUGCAUCGACUAUUUAACAUGGACCUACUUCUUUAGAAGACUUACUAAGAACCCAGCUUACUACAAACUUCACAAGACUAAUGCAGCUGAAAUCAAUACAUAUUUACAGGCACUUGUAAACGAUAAUCUGGCUAAGUUAGUUUCUGCUAAGUGUAUUGAGUAUAACUCAGAAGAUCACACUGUUAAUUCAACUACUCUUGGACGACUUGCUUCUUUCUAUUAUCUCUCUUAUGAAACUAUUGAACUGAUGAACAAAAAACUAGGACCAGAAGAUAAAAUAUCAACUUUGAUUAACACUCUUGCAUUUGCCAAAGAGUUUUCAGGGCUUCCAGUCAGACAUAAUGAAGAUGUUCUUAAUGAGGCUUUGACCCAUCUAGUUCCCCUUAAAGUUGCAAAGCAUGAUUUAGAAAACCCCCACGUCAAGGCUAACUUACUCCUCUAAGCCCAUCUUCAAAGAUGCCCACUUCCUAUUACUGAUUACAUUACUGAUACCAAAAUGGUCCUUGACUAAUCUAUUAGAAUCCUCUAGGGCAUGAUCGACGUCUGUUCUCAUAAAGGCCAUCUUUAAACUACUUUGAACCUUAUCCAUAUAAUGCAGAUGAUAGUCUAAGGAUAAUGGCUUGACUAAUCCCCUCUAUUAAAUGUUCCACACUUUGAUGGUGACCUAAUUAGAAGACUUUAUGAAAAAGGAGUGGUGUAUCUUCCACAGCUUGCCAAUAAAUGCAGAGGUGAUGUGAGAAAUUUCUUGAACAAUUAAAUGAAGGCUAAUCUAGAUAGUGAUUAAUUGAAAGAAAUUACAAAAGCAAUAGACAGAAUUCCAAUCAUAAGUUUGAAAUACACAAUUGUAUCUGUUGAUGACAAGAACGAACCUCAAGAGGGAGAGUCUUUACAAGAGGGCGGUGAAGCUAUGAUUGUAGUCAGCUUAAGAAGAUUAAACAAGUCAUUGAAGCAAAAGGCGGUAAUUGCUAACUUCCCUAAGCCAAAAGAGCCAGGCUAUUUCUUGAUUGUUGCCAACUAGUAGAUGAACGAUAUCUUAGCUAUGAAGAGAGUCGCUUUCAAUAAACAGACUUCUAAAAGCUUGACUAUAGUAUUACCUUCUGAUUUCCUAGAUGAGAAACUUGAACUUUACUUGAUGUGUGAUACUUACAUUGGCCUUGAUUAGAGCUAUCCAAUAGAUCUUAUACAAAUUAAUGGAAUGAUUUAAGGCUAAAAGAAGGAAAUGAUUGCGGCUAAGAAGUUGCAAUAGUAGCAGGAUCAGCAAAAGAAGUAACAGCAGGUAGAAACUCAAAAGAAACAGCAACAAGAAGUUCCACAAACCAAGAAAUAAGAACUUAAAUAAAACUUUGUCGAUGAAGAUGACAAAGCUGAGGAGGCAUUUUCUCUUUUCGGUAAAAUGCAAGAGAAGUUCCUGCUUCAAGAUAUUUUAUCUGACGAUGAAGAGGAGAAGGGUGGACCUCCUAUGCAUGAUCACAUCAAAAGAGGCAUUGACGCUCUGUUAGAUGACGAUGAUGAGGAUGAAGAUGAAACAGACUACGAUAAUAUGAUCGAGAAGGAUAUGGAUAAUUGGUUCUGA